AUGGAGGCCUGGGGUGACAACGGAGCCGAGGAGUUGUGGGGAAAGGUCCAACACAUGGGCAAUUCCCUGGGUUGCCUCUUCAAUCUCCGUCUCUCUGGGCAUAUGAUUGGCUUCCCAGAUUUGGCCGACGCUAGCCGCUCUUGUGCGCCUAAGGAAAAGGAUCUAUGCAAAAUCCAAAUAAACUUCCGUCCUCUCGCCCGUGAUGGCUAUGUAUGGCAGCGGGAGAGCCCGCUAGAGGACGGCCUUCUGCCGCACCCGCGACCCAGUAUUGAGGUCAUCCAAAACCCCGUACUGGAGCGUCUGGCCCUGCAUGAUUUCUCCAGUGGCGACUCCUAUGUGCGCAUCUCGGGUAUCAACGACAUUCCUGCCUGUGACAAGCCACUAGAGAUUUAUUUGAAAAAAGUCAGUCCAAUCGACGCAGACGGUAUGGUGCUGACGUUCUACGACUACGCCAAGGGUUACGGCGUGACUCUGGAGAGCAAGAAUGAUACACUCAUAAGUACGCGCUGGGACAGCAACCUUCAGCACUCGGACAGAGUGAAGAAGACGCCUCUGCGAGUUCUUCGCAUUGACAGGGAACAGUCGGAUUGGCAGCUGGACAAACCGCUGGCUGAGGAUUGUGAUGCGAACGAGAAGGACAAUAUGGUCAUUUUCCUGGGUGGUCUUCCGCCUGGACAUUUUGAACUUCGACGGACAAUGUUACGCGUUGCCAAGGCGUCAAUUGUGCUUGCGGUGGAGUCUGCGCAGAAGGUUCGUGCUGGUUUUGCAAUUGCCAUGGCCCAAUCAGAAUAUGCUGAGGACCGAACUUUAUUUAACUUCGACUUGGUGGUAAUUCGUUCCACUUUGAAGGUGGGAUCCCUGUGGUUGAGGGUGUGGCUCACCAGCGAUCUCCGUGUGAGUAUCGCAGUGCCCAACACGCCGACGAAGCUGAUCACUACCGAGAUAUUUGGCACUCCCGUGAUCAAUGAUCCCGCAAACAACCUGGCCGCACUCAAGGCUCGAGAAGCUAGUGUUUUCGAUCAGCCGCUCUACACGGAAGCCGUUCUAACACUCCACUUUGGCGACGCGGACUCCCAGAGACUCACCGUCCUCUUUGACCAGCGUCCUGUACAGACUUGGCCGCUGUCAAAGCCUAUCCCCAACAGCAAGGCUCUUCAGGUUCUCAUUGGACCGCAUUCGGACCCCUCCUCCUCCGAACAGUACCGGCAUGAGGUCUCUAUUAGCAAUCUGGUGGUUGGAAAACGACGUCGCAGCGGCUCCUACCGAUUUGGCGGCUGUGGAGCCCAGUUGAGGCCCCGGUUUGUGGCCAAGGACACGCUGCCGAAUGCUCCUUUUGUCUACCAGGGUCUUCGUCUACCAAGUCCACCCAGCGGCAGACGAGUGCGCUCCAUCUUCGAACUCUGCGACGAGAUCCUGCCCGCCACUCAACAGUACUGUGACUCCUCUAACGAGAACAUCACCAAA